ACUGCUGUCCUUGUUUUAGUGACGUGGCUGUUCUACGCUGCUCACGCCGGGUUUAACGACUGCGAGCCCCGUCCUGGCGAUGCCAUCACGUAUGCCGGAGACCUUGCUCGUUCGCUUAAUCACUUCAUGAAGAACUGCGCCCGUAUCCUGCACUGCGUCAAGAGCCUACCGAAUACGAAGACUGUGGGGAAGUUCCUGGAUACUGCCUGUGAUAUUGGAAACGACUGCAUAAGGACGCUCAAAACUGACAGCGUGGAGCCAGUUUACAAGUGCAUCAAGAGUCAAGUGUGGGCCAUCUAUAAUGGAACCGAAGUGAUCCCGUACAACGAAAUGUUGUGCAUAGAGAAGGCAGCGGACUGCGGCGCCGGGCAAGUUGGAAGCAUCGCAGUCGCCAAGCUACAGAUAUCGUACCUGAGGAGGCUCUUCGGAUAAGGCGGCAAUACGCAGCUCACGGGCACUGGCCACAACGGUAUUGCUGCUCUGCCAAGAAUGGCGACCAGGAUGAACGGUUUGAGAUGUGUGAAAAAUAAAAGAGUCCGUCAGUUCCGCGCAAUGCAGUGAGUAGGCAGAACUUUGGA